GCAGGCGCUGGGCAGCUACCCGAUCUGGUGGUCCCUGGCUGUCGGGCCCCAGUACUCCUCUCUGGGCACACAGCCCAUCCUCUGCGCCAGCAUCCCAGGCCUAGUACCCAAACAGCUGCGCUUCUGUCGGAACUACGUGGAGAUCAUGCCCAGCGUGGCAGAGGGCAUCAGGAUCAGCAUUGAGGAGUGCCAGCACCAGUUCCGUGGCCGCCGGUGGAACUGCACCACCAUUGACAACAGCCUGGCCAUCUUUGGCCCUGUGCUGGACAAAGCCACCAGAGAGUCCGCCUUUGUGCACGCCAUAGCCUCAGCCGGCGUGGCCUUCGCUGUGACACGCUCGUGCGCCGAGGGCUCCGCUGCCAUCUGCGGAUGCAGCAGCCGUCACCAGGGCUCACCGGGCCACGGAUGGAAAUGGGGUGGCUGCAGCGAGGACAUUGAGUUUGGUGGGAUGGUGUCUCGGGAGUUCGCGGACGCAAGAGAGAAUAGGCCUGACGCCCGCUCUGCAAUGAACCGCCACAACAAUGAGGCUGGGCGCCAGGCCAUCGCAAGUCACAUGCACCUCAAGUGCAAGUGCCACGGGCUGUCGGGCAGCUGCGAGGUGAAGACCUGCUGGUGGUCGCAGCCCGACUUCCGCGCCAUCGGCGACUUCCUUAAGGACAAGUACGACAGCGCCUCCGAGAUGGUUGUGGAGAAGCACCGCGAGUCGCGCGGCUGGGUGGAGACGCUGCGGCCGCGCUACACCUACUUCAAAGUGCCCACGGAGCGCGAUCUGGUCUACUACGAGGCCUCGCCCAACUUCUGCGAGCCCAACCCCGAGACCGGCUCCUUUGGCACGCGCGACCGCACCUGCAACGUGAGCUCGCCCGGCAUCGACGGCUGCGACCUGCUGUGCUGCGGCCGGGGCCACAACGCACGGGCCGAGCGGCGCCGGGAGAAGUGCCUGUGCGUCUUUCACUGGUGCUGCUACGUGAGCUGCCAGGAGUGCGCGCGCGUCUACGAUGUGCACACCUGCAAGUAGCGGCGCGCCCGGGCGGGGCGGGGCUCCUCCGGGUGGGGCAGGUCCUCCGAUAGAGCAGGUAUGCGGCUCCGAAGCGGGGUGCGGUUCUUCCCGAUGGGUUCCGAGCUCCUCCGGGGGUGGGGCGGGGCUCCGCGGGUGAGGCUUUGGGAUGGGGGCGUGGUCUUCUCUGGGAACCUCACUCCCACGCUGGGGAUUCCGCCCCGCCACCUCCUCCAACACAGCCCACCUGCAAGGUUCCGUCCACCCACCUCCUUUGGGUAGAGAAGCUCUCCUGACAGAACAGCGUCCAAGACCCCUGUCCCCCAACCUUUUUCGCUGAAGUCUGGGGACCAGGCCCCCUCCAAAUCUGGUGCUCUGGAAAGGUUCCGGCUCCCGCGCCGAGGCUUGGCAGCUGCCAGUGUUCCCAAUAAAGAACCCAACGGAGAGAGCCCACGCCGUGCAGAGCCCCAAGAACCAGUUGGGUCUGGGGGAAAGAGGGGCCUAGCGGCAGAGACGAGCAGGAGGCUGGGCUCUGAAACCUGGUUCUGCCCUGGCUGUCAUGUGUGGAGCAUCAGACAUCCAGGCGCUCUUCCCAGUGACUGUUACUGCUGUAGCCCAGGCCUUGGAUGGAACAUCCCACUGUGGAGCCCUUCCAUCUUCCUUCCUCAGGUCUCUCACCUGUACCCCAUCCCAUCCACAAGAGAGGAGCAUAGCCUCCUGCCCUGCCCUGCCUCCCUCUUCGCCUCAGCUCCUCCCCCACCUUCUUCAUCCAUAGCCCAUACCCCACGUCUCCCCAAGGGCUGCCGGCCUACACCACCCCAGCUCCAUCAUCCUGCUGAGAGGCUCAUUUGGGGCAGGGUUGGGUUGUCUGGGAGGUUUUGGUAGGAGGAGCCACAGCUCCCAGAAAAGUGGUCUCCCCUCCCAGCCUUGGUGGUUAGGACUGAUCCCCUGGGUCUCCUGCUGCAGCUAUGGUGUGCCAGACUUGCCACACUGGCCACUGUCCUGGAGCAUGUGGCUGGCUGCUCAGCCCCCCUCACCUUCUAAUUCACCCAGCCCAAGAAGGACUGGCCUCUGGACCCCUCAGACAAUUUCCAGGCCAGGCCUCUUCUCACUCAGACUCUGCCACUGUGAAAUGUCCCCCAGUCUCCAGGCAGGGGGAGGACACCAGCCAGACAGGGAUGACCUGCACGCCUCCCAGGACAAGACCUUCCUCUGCCUUGAAUUUUGCAUUUUUGGUUUUAAUUUUAUUUCUGAUGCUGCUAUAUCCACCAUACACUGGAGCUAAUCAAACAGAUGUGUUGUUAUUUUUUCCCUUUUCUUUCUGUGAAAGAAAUUAUUUUAGUCAUAGUUGUGAGUUUCAAACAAUGGGGAAGUAAAAGACAGAAGAAAAAA